GUCAUUUGUCAACGAGCUCGUACAGUAACCACGUAGGUUGUACAAGCUUGUUCAGUCAGUUCGUUCCUGAACCUAUCGCAAUACUCACCGAUUAUAGAUAGUGGUCUUCGUUUCUCACUAUUAGGAAACGAGAAGAGCAUCUCUAGUAGUUGUUUGUGCAGUGCUUCUUUAGAAAUUGUGAUUUAUUUUUAAUUUUGAUUUGUGCUUAUUGAUAUUUUGGCGUUGCAUCGAUACUCAGCAAUAUCCAGCCCGUGAAAAUGUUUCGAUUGGGACAGGUUGUGAUUCGAAAUGGCCAGAAGGUGAAAGCCAUCGAGCUGCGAAGAUGCCUUUCGGCAGCACCCCAAACGCAGAAGCGUGCGGAAAACCGCCCAGUGGCCGACGACAAGAAACCCAACAUGUCCUUCUUGACCAAUAUCUUCCGCGGUGAGGUGCAACCCGCUCAGGUAUUCCCCUAUCCGGAAGUGCUCGAUGCCGAACAGAAGGAAUACAUUGCCGCGUUUGUCGAUCCCGUGACUAGAUUCUUCGAGGAAGUCAACGAUCCAGUGAAGAACGACAGCACUGCGAACAUUGAUGAAGCUACUGCGGAUGCCCUUUGGGAGUUGGGUGCCUUCUCACUCCAGGUUCCCCCGGAGUACGGUGGCCUCGGUCUGAACAACACCCAAUACUCCAGAAUGUGCGACAUCAUCGGUGGACAAGACUUGGGACUUGGAAUCUUCAUCGGUGCGCAUCAAAGUAUUGGAUUCAAAGGAAUUCUGCUGUACGGAACUAAGGAGCAAAAGGAAAAAUACCUCCCGAAGGUUUCUACCGGACGGACUUAUGCUGCGUUUGCUUUGACUGAGCCGAGUUCCGGUUCGGAUGCCGGUUCAAUCCGAUGCCGCGCGGUCAAGACCCCGGAUGGCAAGCACUACGUAUUGAAUGGAUCCAAGAUUUGGAUCUCUAAUGGUGGAAUUGCCGACAUCAUGACCGUUUUCGCUCAAACCGAAAUCGAAGACCCUCGCACCGGGCAGAAGAAAGACAAGGUAACUGCGUUUAUCGUCGAGCGCGGAUUCGGAGGUGUUACCAGCGGACCUCCAGAGAACAAAAUGGGCAUCAAGUGCUCCAACACGGCUGAGGUUUACUUCGAGGACUGCAAGAUUCCCAUUGAGAACGUCCUUGGAGGUGAAGGCAAUGGAUUCAAAGUGGCCAUGAACAUCCUUAAUAAUGGUCGAUUUGGCAUGGCCGCCACUCUGUCCGGUACUAUGCGAGCCUGUAUUCAGAAGGCCACCGAACAUGCCACAAAUCGUGUCCAGUUCGGCAGGAAGUUGGAGACGUACGGGGGUAUUCAGGAGAAGCUAGCCCGGAUGGCGAUGCACCACUAUGCGACACAGUCGAUGGCCUAUAUGAUCUCUGGAAACAUGGACUCCGGUUCUACCGACUACCAUCUGGAGGCGGCCAUCUCGAAGGUGUUUGCUUCGGAAUCGGCGUGGUAUGUGUGCGAUGAAGCGAUUCAGAUUCUUGGCGGAAUGGGAUUCAUGAAGGACGCCGGCUUGGAACGUGUGAUGCGUGAUUUGAGGAUUUUCAGAAUUUUCGAGGGAACGAAUGACAUCCUGAGGCUGUUUGUCGCCUUGACUGGUAUCCAGUACGCUGGAUCGCAUCUCAAAGAACUGCAGAAGGCGUUCAAGAACCCGGCUGCCAAUUUGGGCUUGAUCUUUAAGGAGGGUUCGCGACGAGCGAUUCGUAGCAUCGGCUACGGUGGAACUGAUCUGGCACCGUUCGUUGCUGGUCCACUGAAAGAUUCCGCCAAGCAGUGUUCUGAGAGUAUCGACAUCUUCGGUCAAGCGGUGGAGUCCCUGUUGAUCAAACACGGCAAGGGUAUCGUUGAGGAGCAGUUUAUGCUGAAUAGGCUGGCCGAUGCUGCCAUCGACACCUACGCCAUGGCUGUGGUUUUGUCUCGGGCGUCUCGAGCUGUUCAGAAGAAUCUUCCUUCCGCAGAACAUGAGAUCCUAAUGGCGCAAGCUUGGUGUCAUGAGGCUGCCGAUCGAGUGCGCGUCAAUAUCCGCAAAAUUAACACCGAUUCGUUUGCGAAAAACUACGGCAAGAUGUCGCAAAUCUCCAAGAACAUCUGUGCGCACAACGGAAUUGCGCACAACAACCCGCUGGAUAUUGAUUAAUCGAAGCAGUGAUGGCCGAGCUAGUUUUAAGGACAAAACGAUAUGAUUCAUAAUGGUUUUCUAGCGAAAAUUUUAUUAGGGAAUCUUGCACGACUGUGUCAAAUAUUCACCAAAUGAGAAAGCGUUCGUACUGUUCAGGAGAAAGCUUGCGAUGGCUGCAGGAGUUGGGCCUAGCCCCAGCUGUUUAUGUAUGCAAGUUGAUUGAUAUUUAGAAUGAACGAUUGGUG